ACAAUUAGACAUUUACAUCUCAUUUAGAAUUGGGCACUUGUGUGUUUGAACGUCGACUGUCUCGUUCUUUUAAUAGUGGAAACAAGUUGAGCCACCAAACUAUGUCAACAGUGAAUAUUUUAGCAGAAUUGGGGGUGGCAGAAGUUUUCCGUAACUUGUCCUUUGAACAAGUGAGAAAGCAUGAAAUUGAUAAUGGAGAAGUUGCAUUAGCUGAUAACGGAGCAGUUGUGGUUGAUACAGGUAUCUAUACCGGACGUUCACCCAGAGACAAAUAUUUCGUUGAGAGAGAGCCUUCACGUUCUAAAAUUGACUGGGGUGGCUUCAACCAACCAGUAUCUCCUGCUAUAUUUGAUGAAGCCUUUGCACUCUUUCCAAAGUAUUUCGGAAAGAAAAACGUAUAUGUCUUUGAUGGCUAUAUUGGUUCAAGCAAACGAAGCAGAAAGAAGGUUAGAGUGAUAUCAGAGAGGGCUUGGAUUCAUCACUUCUGUCUCAAUAUGUUGCUGACACCUGAUAAGUUUGGUGAAACUUAUCCCACACUGGAAUCCUUUCAACCUGAGUUUACUUGGAUUCAUUCUCCUUCUAUUCAUAAUCCCAAGUGGCGAGAACAGAGUUUGAACUCAGAUGUUUUCGUAAUGAUCGAUUUGGAGAGAAAGAUGGGCCUUAUUGCGGGAACGGAAUAUAGUGGAGAGGUUAAAAAAGGUUGCUUUACAUUGAUGAAUUUCUGGCUUCCGGAAGAGAGAAUCCUACCAAUGCACUGUUCUGCUACACGUGGCAGAGGACCAGUAGAAGAAUCUGUUUUAUAUUUUGGACUAUCAGGAACUGGAAAGACUACUCUUUCUGCUGACCCAGAAAGAAACCUUAUUGGAGAUGAUGAACAUGGAUGGGAUGACGAUGGUGUUUUCAAUUUCGAAGGAGGUUGUUAUGCAAAGGUUAUUAAUCUUGAUCCUUCAUCGGAGCCAGAUAUCUACAAUGCUAUCAAAGAGAAUGCUAUACUGGAAAAUGUGAUUCUAGAUCAAAGAAAAAAGGUGGACUAUAGUGAUGGAUCUAAAACGGAGAACACUCGUGUCUCCUAUCCUAUUGAACAUAUUAGAAAUUGGGAACCUUCGAGAAGAGGAACUCAUCCACAUGCCGUUAUUUUUCUAGCAUGUGAUGCCUUUGGAGUGUUGCCUCCUGUUGCAAAGUUGACUCCUGAACAAGCAAUGUAUCACUUCGUACAAGGUUAUUCAGCAAAAGUAGCCGGUACAGAAAGAGGAGUUAAAGAGCCCCAAGCAACUUUUUCUCAUUGCUUUGGUGCUCCUUUUAUGGUUCAUUCGCCUCGUGUCUAUGCAGAUUUGCUUCGCGAAAAGAUAUUGAGACAUAAUUCACAUGUUUACCUUGUAAACACUGGAUGGACUGGAGGUCCUUAUGGAGUUGGCCAACGUAUGAAGUUGAGGCUGACCAGACAAAUAAUAUCUGCAAUUAUCAGCAAUGAACUGGCGAAUGUAGAGUAUAACGAUCCGGAUCCCAUUUUUCAGUUGCGAACUCCUAAAACUGUUAAGAGGUUGGAGGAUCCUUCCGUAUUGGAUCCGCGAUCUUCCUGGAAGAGCCCUGAAGAAUAUGAGAAAACUGCUCAGAAACUCGCUAAUAUGUUUCAUGAAAAUUUCGUAAAGAAAGGAUUUGCUUCUGGACCAGAGAAGGAGCUUGAAAAGUAUGGACCCAAGUGGAAAGAGUGAAGAGAGAAGAUUUGUAGGUUUCUACGUGGCUUUGUCUUCCUUUGUUAAACUAAAAGUUGUUGUUCAAAAUGCUUGAAAAU